AGAAAGCAGCGAGAAAGCAUAACGCGAAAAAACUUUAGCGAAUCUCCGCGUAUGUAAAUUUGUACUUUUGAAAGCAAAAGCAAUUUUGGUGAAUUUUUAAAAGAUGAUAAUUUCAAAGCUUUUUAUGUUCUAGCUCGUUCUUACCGCCUUUUAUUGUAUUUUUAAUAUUCUUUUUUAUGAAAAAAAAAAGCAUUUUAUAGUUUUAACGGAUUCGUAUCCAAAAUAAAGAUUUCGCCAAAAAUUUUAUUAUUGCUCGUGUAUAGACAUUUUGUUUGCAUGUGUGAAAACAAUACAAGCAUACAUUAUUUACAUGCAAACGUGUGAUUAUGUGUCGGCAAGUACGAACUUGGUAAUCAUGAAUUAUCAGAUAGCAAAGACAAGUAAUAGAGGGAGACUUUUUCGACAAUGCAGUAAAUUCUGAGCGCCGCAUCUCUAAUAUUAUCAGCGCGCUCUGCGCCCUCCUAAAUGACAAAGUAAAAUUAUAUUUGUAAAUGAACACUUUUAUUCAUUCAAAUCGAUAUUUAUUAACUAAAGGCAAACAUUAAACGAAACGACGAAUGUGCUUAGUACACGUGUUUUAAUAUCUGAAGUAAAAAUUACAAAAACUUUAUUUUUACCUUUAGGUAAUCUUCAUUCAGUAGUACUAGUUUUUUAUUAGUUAAUCUAUGUAAAUAAAAAAGCACGUACAGAGAAAAAUCAACCCAACUUAAAUAACGCAAAAGCAGCAGCUUCCCUUUGAACAUAAACAUAAAGAAAUAGGAAGAAAAUUUUGCAUGUAAACAAAACUGGAAACGUAGUGAAUUUAUGCUAUCAUUGUAUUCAAUGGUGAUUACUGAUAUUAAUAUCGGGAGCCAGUUUAAUGUAAAGGGUUAGUUUUGCUUGUUUGAAGUUUGGCUGCGAUUGCAAAAGCUUCAAACUGACGCCAACUCCGACGAAAAUGUCAACGGAGCGUGAGCUGGCUCCAGCUCAGCUUCAUGCUAUGACGUUUCCGGAUAUUGGAGACGCUUUGCAAAUAACGAAAGCCGUAGGGGUCAUUGGUAAAUAUGACUCACAAUGGACACCUACACCCACUAGGCCACAGAGCCCUUCUCAAGUGCAGACUAGCUUCGAAACAUUGACAUCACCAUCAGCUCCUGGUUCAUCUGUGAAUCCCACCGCUGUGACCAGCCCAAGUGCUUCAAAUGUGGCAGUGGGUGGCGCGACUGUGGGUGGUCCCGCAGGAACACAGUCGGCCGUGGCGUCAGCGUUAGGUGCCACUUCCACAGUUGCAGCAGCAGCGGCGGCAGCUACUUCCACCACACAGCCUGAACUGCCAGUAUUUACAUGCCCUCGACGACCCAAUUUAGGCCGAGAAGGUCGCCCAAUUGUUUUGCGUGCCAACCAUUUCCAAGUAAGCAUGCCACGCGGCUAUGUGCACCACUACGACAUUAACAUACAACCUGAUAAAUGCCCACGCAAAGUGAAUCGAGAGAUUAUUGAGACAAUGGUUCAUGCAUACAGUAAAAUUUUUGGGGUAUUAAAGCCAGUAUUUGAUGGUCGCAACAAUUUGUAUACCCGGGAUCCAUUACCUAUUGGUAACGAUCGCCUUGAAUUGGAGGUCACGCUUCCAGGGGAAGGCAAAGAUCGUAUAUUUCGUGUUACUAUCAAAUGGAUGGCUCAAGUUUCUUUAUUCAACCUCGAAGAGGCUCUGGAAGGUCGUACGCGUCAAAUACCUUACGAUGCCAUAUUAGCUUUGGAUGUUGUCAUGCGGCAUUUGCCUAGCAUGACCUAUACUCCAGUUGGUCGCAGCUUUUUUAGUUCGCCUGAUGGCUAUUAUCAUCCGUUAGGCGGUGGUCGUGAGGUAUGGUUUGGAUUCCACCAAAGCGUACGCCCUUCUCAAUGGAAAAUGAUGUUGAAUAUUGAUGUGUCAGCAACGGCUUUCUACAAAUCACAGCCAGUUAUUGAUUUCAUGUGCGAAGUUCUAGACAUCAGAGAUAUAAAUGAACAACGAAAACCGUUAACAGAUUCUCAGCGUGUUAAAUUUACUAAGGAAAUUAAGGGUCUAAAAAUCGAAAUAACCCAUUGUGGACAGAUGAGACGUAAAUACCGCGUUUGUAACGUUACACGACGACCAGCACAAAUGCAAUCAUUCCCUUUACAAUUGGAGAAUGGCCAAACUGUGGAGUGUACGGUAGCGAAAUAUUUCCUCGAUAAAUAUCGCAUCAAGCUACGUUUUCCUCAUCUGCCAUGUUUGCAAGUAGGCCAAGAACAUAAGCACACCUAUUUGCCUUUAGAAGUGUGCCACAUCGUUGCAGGCCAAAGGUGCAUUAAAAAAUUGACCGAUAUGCAAACUUCCACCAUGAUUAAGGCAACUGCUCGUUCAGCUCCAGAUCGUGAGAGGGAAAUCAAUAAUUUAGUCAAGAGAGCAGAUUUUAAUAACGAUUCGUAUGUCCAAGAAUUUGGAUUAACGAUUUCCAAUUCAAUGAUGGAAGUAAGAGGACGAGUUUUGCCACCGCCUAAGUUGCAAUAUGGGGGUCGAGUCUCCAGCAUGACUGGUCAACAACUCUUCCCGCCACAAAACAAAGUAAGCUUGGCUUCACCAAAUCAAGGCGUUUGGGACAUGCGGGGUAAGCAGUUCUUUACUGGGGUGGAGAUACGUGUGUGGGCUAUAGCUUGUUUUGCUCCACAGCGCACAGUGCGUGAAGAUGCUUUGCGUAAUUUCACCGCUCAAUUGCAAAAGAUCUCGAACGAUGCUGGCAUGCCCAUCAUUGGCCAACCAUGCUUCUGCAAGUACGCAACAGGGCCCGAUCAGGUGGAACCAAUGUUUAAAUAUCUAAAGCAAUCUUUCACAGCUUUGCAAUUAGUUGUUGUGGUCUUACCUGGUAAAACACCAGUUUACGCUGAGGUGAAGCGUGUAGGGGACACCGUCUUGGGUAUGGCAACCCAAUGUGUCCAAGCCAAAAAUGUGAAUAAAACUUCUCCGCAAACGUUGUCAAAUUUGUGUCUCAAAAUAAAUGUAAAGCUUGGUGGAAUCAAUUCUAUUUUGGUACCAUCUAUACGCCCAAAGGUGUUUAAUGAGCCGGUAAUAUUUUUAGGAGCUGAUGUCACUCAUCCGCCCGCUGGUGACAAUAAGAAACCUUCGAUUGCUGCUGUUGUCGGUUCAAUGGAUGCUCAUCCUUCACGUUACGCUGCUACAGUGCGCGUUCAACAACAUCGCCAGGAAAUUAUCCAGGAGCUCAGUAGCAUGGUGCGGGAAUUGCUGAUAAUGUUUUACAAAUCGACAGGUGGUUACAAACCUCAUCGCAUUAUUUUGUAUAGGGAUGGUGUAUCCGAGGGGCAAUUUCCUCAUGUUCUACAGCAUGAACUGACAGCCAUAAGAGAGGCUUGUAUUAAGUUGGAAGCCGAAUAUCGUCCGGGCAUAACAUUUAUUGUCGUUCAAAAAAGGCAUCAUACUCGCUUAUUUUGUGCCGAGAAGAAAGAACAAAGCGGCAAGUCUGGGAAUAUACCGGCUGGUACGACAGUAGAUGUGGGCAUUACCCAUCCAACCGAAUUUGAUUUUUAUUUGUGCAGUCAUCAAGGCAUACAGGGUACUAGUAGGCCAUCGCACUAUCACGUCUUAUGGGAUGACAAUCACUUCGAUUCCGAUGAAUUGCAAUGUCUAACAUAUCAACUUUGUCAUACUUAUGUACGUUGCACCAGAUCUGUGUCAAUACCCGCACCGGCUUAUUAUGCUCAUCUUGUGGCUUUCAGAGCAAGGUACCAUCUUGUUGAAAAAGAACACGAUUCUGGUGAAGGGUCUCAUCAAAGCGGAUGUUCAGAAGAUCGUACACCCGGCGCAAUGGCAAGAGCAAUUACAGUUCAUGCAGACACAAAAAAAGUUAUGUAUUUCGCCUAA